AUGAAGCGAUCCAAGGCUUCGUCGCCGACAAUACCAUCGUCUCCGACCCACAAAAAAGUUAAGACAUCGUCCCAGCUAGCCCCCGUUCAAAACGCCCUCGACUCUGCAGACGACUGGACCAGGGUGGAAAAGCGCAAGCAGAAAAAAGCGAAAAAGCAUGAGGUCAAACUCGAAUCAAAUCAACCAAGGUUUAUGUACAACAAUGCGGAGAUCUUGAAGCGAAAUCAAGCAAUUGGCAUCGAGGAUAUCCGGGAACUUGUUGUUCAUAUCAUCGCAGAUGCACCACCUCCGAACUGGCUACGGGUCGAUAAUGCACCGAUGAUUCAAAAAGUCGUCACACUUCUCGUACCUGGUCUUACCCCUUCUCUACUUUCUUUGCCUCCGUUACCGACCUCUGCAACCUCAAACCCCAAUGUACCACUCAGUAUCCCCUUGCCCCCCUCAUCAAUCCCCUUCGUUGCUGCGACAUUCAGUCACGCAUGUCCUACCAGAGCCCCAGGCGAUCAAACCCACAUGUACAGUGUGCUCAGCGCAUUCUUCCAUGGCCCAAUCACUGGCGAAGAGAGGAAACGGCGCAUGCAGCAGAGACUUGCUUCAGAGAAGGCACACAAUGAGGACCCCACGCAAUUUCUUCUGUCUGUCGAGCAAAUGAUUGAAGAUGACUACCCCAUACCAUCAUAUAUGUCCGACACCUUCCAGAAGUCGCCAGGUUGGGUUGAGACACCAGAAUACAAACCGGAACCUCUUGACGAGGGCGUUGACCUCCCGAAGCAAAGAAUAUACGCGCUGGACUGCGAAAUGUGCAUGACCGAAGACGGCAAAGAGUUGACUAGGAUAUGUAUAAUUGAUUAUUACACCGGCAUCGUGAUAUACGACCAGUUAGUUAAGCCAUCGAAACCCAUCACCGACUAUUUGACCAGGUGGUCAGGCAUAACGGCCGAAGCACUUGCGCCUGUCACCACCACACUCUCCCUUGUACAAACCCAUCUACUCCGCCUCCUCUCCCCUCCUCCCGCCAACCCUUUCUCCACCUCAUCGUCGCCUCCAUCUCCACCACCUCCAACCCCCAUUCUCCUCGGUCACUCUCUUGAAUCCGACCUCAAAGCUCUGAAGCUGUGCCACCCUUACUGUAUCGAUACUGCGAUCUUGUAUCACCAUCCACGCGGACGACCGCUUAAACCAGGAUUAGCUUGGUUAAGCAAGAAGUGGUGUGGAAAAGAAAUUCAAACUCGAGGUGAAGGAGGCCAUGACCCAGAAGAAGACGCUCGUGCUUGCCUAGACCUGCUCAAGAAGAAGGUUGAGCAAGGCCCUGGCUUCGGGGAAUUCAAGGUCGACCACGAAUCAAUUUUUGAACGUUUGAAGAGAUCGUCAAGGCGCGCGGGCGGCGGUGUUGGAAGCAUCAAGUCAGCGGUUGUUGAUUAUGGCAACCCAGCGUUUAUGCAUGGCGCCAAAGCCGAUACGACCAUUGCUUGCAAGAAUGAUGAUGACAUACACAAGGGCAUCUUAGAUGCGCUGCCUUCGCAUCAAUUUAUAUUCGGUCGGUUCAUGGGAUUGGCAGACACGCUGGGAUGGACUACUCCGAAGCCAAACCCUGACGCUCCGCCACCUGAACCAUCUCCGCCGCCGACACCCGAAGAAAUUGAGGCGUCCCUCUCCUCCCUAAACACCCAUUUAGCUACAUUGCACUCUUCGUUACCCUCUCGGACAGCUAUCAUCAUCUUCACCGGCCACUCCGACCCGCGGCGAAUGGCAACCCUGGGUGCUCGCCGCUCCGCUUUUGAGACAGCGAUCAGAAGCGGAAAGACUCCUGACCAAAUUCCACCAGAAGCACAGUGGACUAUGGCAGACGGCCGCGACCUCGAGGAAGAAGUGGAGAAGGCCAAGCGUGGCCUUGUAUUCUUGGGCAUCAAGCCCUGA